GCGUCCUUGCGAAGGUUUCGUAUUUCAUUGUACGAAGAAAGUUCCGCGUCGUCGCGGUUCCGGUUCUCACAAUGGAAAAAGAGCGAAGCACGUCUCCUCGCAGGACGAUAUACGGACAGGUCGAUCGGCCGUCAGCUGCUGCUCUGCUGCUUAUUUUAUGAUCUCGUAACUGAUCGUACGUACACUACGUACUACGCGAACGUGAGCGAGAAGAAACAAUAGCGGCGUCCGUCGACGCAUCUGCCGAGGGGGAGUAAGAGAAUGAGUCAAGCGAAUCAGGAUCAGGACAAAAGCAUGGACAAGAAAGAGAUCGCCGAUAAGGAGAGGGAGAAGAUGCUGAACGCCGAGAAUACGAAGCACACCGGGGCUGCACCUGCAUCCGACCUCGAGUCCGAGGAGCAGAAACCGAAGAAGAAGAUUCCGAUCGGCGGCAUCAAGAUGCCCGGAUUCUGCCGUACCAAGAGCAAAGAACCGUGCAAGGACGAGGAGACGAAAUCAGCAGAGUCCACAGAUGCGGAAUCAGCCCCUGUGGUGACAAAGGAAAGCGAGCAGAAUACUGUGGAAGAACCUACAACACCUGGCAAAGAUUCUAAAGAAAAAGAAGUACGGAAGGGAAUUUUGAAUGCCAUUCGGAUACCUUUAGUAUCGUCCGUUUUCCCGAGAAAGAAGAAGGAAACUGACGCUGAGUUAGGACCGACUGGCACCGCAGGAUUAGCGAGCGUCGAGACACUCGAUGACGGUACUACAGAUAAAAACCCUAUUGCCAACGAAUACGGUAUGGAAACCGUCCGUCUCGAUGGAGAUGACGGUGCUGACGGUAUCAAAACGCCGAAGCAUCCUCUAAUCUUCUGGAUAUCGUUGCUUAGAAGACACAUGAUUCUCUCAGCGCUGGUUCUCCUGAUUUUGCUCAACGUCAUAAUCAUUAUUUGCAUCGCCUGCGCCGGACCCAGAAGAAUCCUUACUCAGCCGUUGAAGGACGGCAAAUACAUCGAAGCGGUGACGUCAUGCGGAUUGGUACAGGGCGUUCUGGAGGAUGGUGCCUACGCAUUCCGUGGAAUCCCUUACGCGGUAUUAAAUUUAUUAAUUUAA